AAAUAUGGCUUAGAUAUAUGGACGGACUAGUUUGGGAAUCUUUUGUAAUUUAAGUUUAUUUAAAUGUUUCUAAUUCGUAGAGAAAUAUCUUUUUAUCUCCCUUGGCUUUCUUCUCCUUUCAACGUCACAUAUGAAACAAUGGCAGCUACCGGCAAAGUACUAGUGAUCAUCGGCUUAUGUUUGUUGCCCAUUCUUACAAAUGGUAAAAUUAAACAAUAAAAAACUAUCCAAUUACUUUACUGUUUGUAUGCGCAUAGUUUUAUUUACUUAGAAUGUAAAAUCUGAACAUACAUUUUUAUGGCAGUAAUAGUAAUAACAGCCAGACCAAAGUUGAGUCAGAUCUACACCUUGCCACGUUUAAGUUUUAGAAAAUGGAAUUAUUAGUAUUAGACUAAUAAUAAGGGUAAGAGUCUGCAAGCAGGUUAGGUAAAAUGAUUAAAAAUGAAAUGAGCGAAACAAAGUAUGGCAAAACCUUUAAAAAAAAAGGAUGCAACAUGACAAUGACUAUUACUUUAUUGAAUUUAUUGACAUUUUCCAGUGAACAAACAACCACAACAGUAAAUUCAUUCAAUAAUCAAUAUAAAAUAGACCUAAACACUUAGGCUUAGCUUUGUAAUGUAGCUGAAGCUGCAAUGAGUGUCAUUUAGUCGUAGUGUAAGUGUAGUGUAGAAUAAUUAAUACUAAUAACUAAUAAUAGCAAGUGUAGGAGAGGACAGCAAGAUGAAGAAAGUCAAGACACUCCAAGAGUUAAUGCAGGCUAAAUGGGGUGGACAAGAAUUAACUAAUUAACUGAAAACCACCCACGUCUAAAUAGAUAUAAAUAUAUAAAUAGACAAUGUAGGGCCUUUGCCUAAUCUACCCUGAUUUAAGUUAAUUUAACCCUGUGAUACUGUACUGUAGGCCAGGCUUUUAACUGAUUUUCAUUCAUAUUGAAUUGAUGAAACUUGAAUUGAAUGAAUGUUUCUCAACUAAUGUGAGUAAUUUAGGCUACUAACUUAGUUUGAAUCACACUGUGAUUAAAUUAGGGAAUCGUCCUAGAGACCCAAGUGAAAAUGAGUAAAAUUAAAAAAAAAAAAUUAAGCCCUACAAUUUUACAAACUUGAAAUUAUAGAUAUUUAAUUAAUUUAAUGGUUUGUUUUACUAAAUUUUUGUGUAGGAGAUACUUGUUUGGCGCCACAAAUCAAGUCCCAAACAUACUCAACUCCAGAAGCUAUCGUUUCCACUGAAACAGUCUUAAUUGUAGAGUUCACAGUCAACUGCAAAAAUCUUUUAAAGGUUUGUAAAACAUAACACAAAUGUAUUAUUAUUAAUUUUGCUACAGUCAGUGUUACAAUUAUAUUCAAUCUUUUGAAAUUGUUGAAAGAAUUAGACUACUUGUCAUACUAUUACUUGUCACAAUUUUGAAAUUUAGGUUUGCCGACUCAUUGCUGACAAUUGUAGCCAAAUAAAAAAACUGUCUUUAGGGAAUUGCAGCAGAACUGAUUAUGACAUACCCCUCUAAAUUUUAAUUAUUUAAAAGGAACAACAAAAUCAUGUACUGGAUGGCCUCCUACCCCAUCUGAAGGCUUUCGUGCAUGGCUUGAUUUCAGCAAAAACAAAGUUUUGAGGUGGUUUUGUUUUAAUCUAUAUAAUGCUUAGUACAGUACAUCUUAUAGCUGAACAAUUUAACAAGUUGCCAAACAUUGCAUUAUUUUUCAUUGCUCUUAAUUUUUUUGCCAUUAUAGUCAUAUUUUUCUUAAACCUAAUCCAUUUCUGGACGCAUUUGUCUCAAUUAUGAUACAAUUAUUUAUAUUUAGUUUAGCAAUUUAAAACAAAAGACAAAUAUAGUCCUAUUGCCCUUUGUUUAUAUAAGCCGGAAGCUGGUAAAGUCAGAGGGAAUAAGUUUAAUAAUUUACAUAAUCAAAAUAAACUAAUGGCAAUAUUAUGAAUAUAUGUCACUUUUUGUUUUCUGAAUAAUAAUAUAGAAAUUUUUAAACAUUUAAAUAAGAAAAUAAGUCAAAAUGUUUUUAGUUCUUCAACAAUCUAUAAUGAAAGUAACGCAUACAUUUCUAUCAUACUUGUUGAUGUUUUACAUUGAAAAUCUUUUUUUCCUAGACAAAUGGCCAAAUCAUAUAAUAUAUUGCAUUUUCAUCAAAGAAGUUCUCACUGCCCGGCAUGUGGUUAUACAGCCUGCUAAUCGAGUACUGUAGGAACUAUUGUGAAGGCAGAUAAAACCAAAAAUCAGUUUAAAAUACAAUUUCAAAAACCAAUAAUUUGUUUGCCAAAAAAAGCCAAUCUUAACCUCCUUAUUUGUUUUUUCCCCCAGAAUAUUAAUUUGUAUGCAGAUGUCCUAGGGCGCUUGAUUCCAGCAACAAAAACAACAGAACCCAAUAAAUAUCAGGUGACUUUUAAGCUUCAGCACAGUUGACUUUUUAGGCAAAAGAUAAUUAUUAUGAACCACCAUAAUUCAUCAUUAUUUAUAAAAGCGAUAUCAACAAAAAACUUUUUCAAAAUUUUAAAUUCCAUCAAGAGCUGGUGAUACAAAUUGCUUAAAUUUAUUCUGUCAGUCAUCGUCCGUUGUGCUUAGACUAGUAAUGUGCCAUUAUGAACUGUAACUGCCUUGUUUAGUUGUUGUAUCAAAUGCAGAAAUUCAGCUUUUCAUGAUGGUUGAAUGGUUACAAUCAUAUAUUUGUUUUCUUACAAUUUUAUAUAAUUUUAAGCAUGUAUAAAAAUGUAUGAGGCAAUAUCUUCUAAAUUGAAAACUACUAGGCCUUUUGAUGUUAUUUUAAAUUUUUUUAAAAUUUAUAUAAUUUAAGGAUCAAAAUAAGUUUUCUGUAUGUUUUAAGAUUUAAAACAUAAAUGAUUGACACCAUUUAUCACGUACCGGUAUUGAAAUUUUUCAAAUAAUUCUGUUGUUUUUUUUAAUUUUUAGAUCAGCAUAUCUGAUGAGCACAAGAAGUUACCUUCAGGGAAUUAUGAAGUUAGAGUAUUUGAUGAAGAAGGAUUCGCUUCUUUAAGAAAGGUAAAAUAUUGAGUGGCAGUCUUGUUGUGACCUUGUCUUUUCUAUGCCAGUUUUGUAUGGUAUGAAUUCAAUAUAUUCUUCCUCCAAAGCUCCUAUGGGACUUGAGAUGUAAUUGAAAUGCUGAAAAGGGAAAUAAGAAAUUAUUGAAAAGGUUACUAGAUGAACUAAAAGUUUGACUAACCACAUAACUCAUUCACUGUGGUUGGGACUAAAUUCUUCCUCCGGGGGUUUCCGACAGACGAGUCAUGGGCAUGCCCUGAAGCACCUCUCACAUUUUUAUUUAAAAAUAGCAACAAAAUUAUGCGUCCCUGAAGACUUCCGGUGGUGGUGUGAUUCUGUAUAAUUUCAGUAUUUUUUUUUUAAAAGUUUUUAUCUUGUUUCGCUUUCAAUCUAUGUGUGCUUUAGUGUCAUGCGCCAUAAUCUAGACCAUUUUUUUUCGCCAUUAGUCUUAUAUUUUUCUUAAAGCUACUUCUGAAUCCAUAUCUGGCAUUUAUCCUUAAUUUGUUAAUAUUAGAUAAUAUUCAGCAAGCUAGAAAUAAGAUUUUACAAAUGCAAAUAACAAUUGUUCAGGAAUUUAAAUUAUGUGCAGAAAAACAUCCCCCCUACGGAAUGAGUUAAGACUUGCUUUGUGUUCAUUUUAUGAAGUAGUUGAAAAUUACAGGGUUUUUUUUUUGUUAAUUAAUUUUAUAUUAUUUUUUUAUAGGCCCAACGCAGUGGUGAAAGCACGGAGGCUUUGAAGCCACUGUUUACCCUUACUUUGAACCAUCCUGUGAGUAUUCAGUGGCUAGAUCCAGCAGAUAUAAGCCCACUUUCUACUUUCUUGUAAACUUUACUACGUAGAUUUAUAUUCAAAUAAACAAAUACAGAGAGAUCUUUGACAAUGUUAAUUAUUCUGCUUAUAGAUUUAGCUUCAUGGUUGUCUCCCUUACUCUUCUUGGUUUCUUUCAUUUCCUGUUUGCAUCAUAGUACAGCAAAUAUUUAAAACAAAGUGUACAUAAAUUUAAACAUGUUAAAAAAGUACCGGUAAAUUUAAAACUUAAAUUAUCCUAAAUAUUUUUUCCCCCACUUUCAUCACGGUACUUACAUCAUUAACAUUAUUUAAGUUGAAUAAUAAUUAAAAAAUUAAUAUGUAAUUGGUAACAUAGUUUAAUUUUUUUUUGUAUCUAUGGGUUUUAAUGAUCGGUGAUAAUCAUCUUGCUAAUGGUGUUAGCUGUUUGUACAAGCCACAUUUGCUCAGCGACUGCUCAGAUUCAUGACUUGUUUCCUUUGUUUGCAGGGUAUCUGGACUGGCUCCAUUGUUCAGACAGAGUUUGUUGCUGCCAUUACAGCUAUUGUGGUUUGGUGGUUUGCCUACACUUCCAGGGCAAAACUCUUGGCCUGAUUCUCGCCCGUCUAUAACUAUUAUAAACUGUUUUAGUUUCCAUUAAACUAUGCUGUUGGUGUCUUAUGUUGUACUGUAAAGCAUGUGGUGUGUGCAAAUAUGUGUUCAUGUUCUGGGGAUGCUACGGUUAUAGGAUUUAGUGUGGUUUAACUGUCCGUAUCGUACCAUAUUGUUGUAUGUUAGUGCACCAUGGUGCUUAUUGUGCUUGUUCACUGGUUUACAAAUAAUGUGUAGUUUCUUUAAAAUUUGUUUCUUUUGUUAUAAUCAAAUUUGAAAAAUUAUGUCUAAAAUAUAAACAUUCAUCUAAACAUUGCUUGGUUAUUCUUGUUGACUUGAGCAUGUUUGUUGUAACUGUCUGUUCAAGACUGGGCAUCCCCUCCAAAAAGUAAAGAAAAGGGCAGAUAAUGUGAAAGUAAAACGCAUGAAAGGCUAAGAUAAAAUAAAGAUAAUAGUAAUAAUAGUCA